UCCUCACCCCGCGAGUGUAGUCAAGUGCGAAACGCACCUUAAAAGUGAGAACUCGCCUUGAGGCACCACCGCAUGCUCCACCGGCCGGCAGCGUGUGUCGAGAGUCAGAUCGGCUUUAGACUUGGCUGUGUAGUGUGGGUCUCCAGGAAGAGACAUGAAUGUAAAAUUCUAUACGCAGGAGUUAUAAAAUAAAGAGUUUAAUUUGUUGUAACUAAAUCUCUACUGUGUAUUUAUUGGACAGUGUUACCUUCCCAGGGAGUCAGAUAACCUUCAUGAUAUGAGAGACCUGGAGCUCCUUCUUACCUAACCUCCAAAACUCCAUAGUGGUGACGCCAACCAACGAACACGAUUACUGGAAAAUUCAAAAUUCCUACAACAUCGCAUACUCGAAGGUAAUCACAUUCUCAACCACUAACAAGAGAAAUUUACAAAUCAACGCAACAACAAAUUUCUACACAAGUCACACACACACAAUUAGAACUCUGAAAAUCUCUACGACCCACGCCGUUUCGUCAAUACCGCCAUUGCUCUCAUACACAACGAGCAUAGUGAAUCUCACCGAAACAGCAACACAAAAGCCUAAAUAAUAUAAAGAGGGUGGACAAUCAAGUACCAAAACGACUUUUCCACACAAACCUUCAAACUGGAAGCAGACCUCCCGAUCGACUUCAAUUGAAAAAUAUCGAGAGGAAGCAAAUACCAGAGAGAAGCAGCGACAACGCACGAGCCAUUGGACAGAUCCUGACAGCCAAGCAGUCGAACAGACGAAAACUCUCGUCAUCAAGUUCCGGCCAACCUUGGACAAAAGCAGGCAAAUCCAACUACGUCAUACACAGUGACGUCACGAAGCAAGGAACGUCUCAGUUGUCGCCAUCUUGAACAAGCAUCCCCCUCUUCUCAGCAAUUCACACAGCGCGCUGGCAAAGCGCAAGAACGAAAAAGCAGCUGCGCCGAUUCUCAACACUGACAACAGAACUGUAAGUCAAACUUUUCAAAAGCAAACUCCAAGUUCUGCAUUAAAAGCAAUUGAAAUUUUACUAUUUCCUUUCUUUUAUUUAUGCAAGAAAAAUAAUUUAUUCCUUUGAAAUUUUUUUUUUAUCUUAUUUUUUUUUCAUUUGACUCAAUGUAACAUUGUAAAAAAAAUAACAAACAAAGUGAAUAACACAUUUUAAGAACAAUUGACAUAAAGUAAACUCUUAAAUAAUAAAUAAACACAAUUAAUCUCGCCAUAACGAAAAAUUUCAAACUAAAAUAGGAACAAUAAAUAUUUUAAUUGUGCGUGUGUGUGUAUUGGUUGACAGCCACAGUUAAAUACGUUAUACUGAAAUUGUGUCGCGACAUGUUCUAACAUCUGUUACAGGCAGAAGCAAAACCAAGGAAGCUACGACAAUUUAAUAAAAAUAAAUAAAUACUCAAAUACCUUCCUUUAUUACCUACUAUACUAUAUUAUAAAUAUACUUAACGUCCGAACGGUGAAUACAACCAGUGAUUGUCAAAUCAAUUAACGAAAAUAAAUUGUUUUUUUUUCCUAAACAAAACAAAAUUAAAUAAAAAUUAAUUUCAUUAGUAUAAACAAACUCACUUAAUAUUCACCUUUCGAACUGGCUGUCAACACGUUGUGUGAAAUAUAUCUGUGCAUUGUCCAAUAUUUAUCAAUAUAAAAAUUAGAUGAACAACCCUUAAUUUGUCACGGUUACGGUUCGGAGUGCGGGCAAGGGAGGUCAUACAAAGAAAAUAACUUAAGUAAAGAUAAGAAAAAUUUAUUUAUUUUAUUUAUUUAUUUAUUUAUUUAUUUUUUUUUUUUUCUUCUCUCCUUCCUUUUUAUUUGAUCGCCCUAUUUUCGGUUUCAACAUCAAAACAAAACUACAACCACACAUAAAAGUUCGUAUAAAAUUUUUUUUUUUUUUUUUUUUCUCAUACUCUUGAGUGAUGCGUCACGGGAUCUCGCGAACGCAUACGCGACAUGGUAAUAACUAGAAAACAAGAACGGGAACAGGAAGAAUCCGGUAAACCAACGGCUGAAAAUCAAAACGAAACAGAACAAGCAUUCGCGAGAAAAGGACUGCAGCGAACUCCACCUAAUAAUAAAAACAAAAAACAACCGAACACAAACGACAACGAGGCUACACUAAUAGACUUGGACACCACAACAGACAACCCCACAUUUGACUCGGCAAAUUUCAGUGCAACAAAUACAACUCAUCCAAAUACAACCCAAGAAUUGGAUACAAAUUCCGAAAUUAAUAACAGCACUUUAACAAACCACUGCGAAAAUAGCCCCGCACCACCCCUCAUAGAUUUCAACAUGACUACUGACUUGUCACGCGUACGUUUACCCAAUUUCAAUAAAAAUGACCCAGACAUGUGGUUCGACCAAAUAGAGCGCAUUUUCCGCCGACACGGCGUUUCAACUGAGAUAGAUCAAGCGGAUUUGUUGAUCGGUGGCGUCGAUUCCGAAAUAUUGACAUGUGUCAGAUGUUUGGUCCUUACCAAACCACCCCCUUCGGACAUUUACACUCAAAUUAAAUCGGGCAUUCUAACGAACUUCGGAACAAGCAAAGAACAACGCCUACGACAACUAAUAAAAGGUGAAGUCUUAAAUGGAAAACCCUCAUUCAUACUCACCCAACUCCGGAACAUCGCGAACGGCGAAUGUGGCGACGAAGUCCUCCGAUCACUAUUCAUGGAACAUUUACCAGCCCUCCACAGGCAAAUAUUAGCACCAAGCUCUACCAAAAAUCUAACCGAAUCAGCGAGCAUCGCUGACAAAAUUACCGAGGAAAUACAGCCACAUUCCACCGAAAAUUCGAAUACAACAUCCGUAGCAGCCAUCGCAAAUUCCGCCACAAACCACGACGUGCGAAUAGACGCCAUCAUGACGGAAUUAAAAAAUAUCAAAGAACAAAUGAACAAUUGGCGGGGACGUGACCAACAUCGCGGACAUUCACGCGGACGUUCUUCAUCGCGUAACGGAAAUGGACGAAGCAAAUCCAGGCCUCGCGACACUUCGGAUCUGUGUUGGUACCACAGAAAGUUCAAACAGGAAGCAAAAAAAUGCCAAUCACCGUGCACGUGGAAAAAACCCCAAAACACGGAAAACUGA